AUGAUGAAAAUUUUCAUCAAUAAUGUGAAUACAUACAGCGGUAGCUGCUUUUGUAAAACAUUUGAUGAAAUAAAAAAUGAAAAAACUACAAUAUAUGGAACUGUAGACGAUCAUAAUUUAUCUAAGGAAGACUGUAUAUUUUAUAAUUAUGAUAAUGUAAAAAAAAUAAUAUCGAAAAUACCUAAAGAUAAUAUCGUAAAAUAUAUUUUGAAAUGUAAACUUGUCAUAUAUGAUCUACACAAUACAGAUUUAGAAGAAAUAGAAUAUGUCAUUAGAAAGCUUAAAUAUGAAAAAAUAAAACAUAAUAUGACUAUCAUUCUUAUCUCUUCUAUUAUGACCUGGAGUAAAACCAAAAGAAAAUUCAUAAAAAAAAUUGUAGAAGAAAACAAAGAAAUAACAAAAAAUCAAUCUAAUAAUAUUACACACAAAUCAGGUGAAACAAAUAAUAAUUUAGAAAAGAAAGAAAAUCAAAAUAUUGAAACAAAAAAUGAAAAAACAAGUAAAAAAAAAGAUAAGAAAAAGAAUGAAAAUUAUAAUAAAAAUAAUAAAAUUGUAGAUCAUGGCGUACAUAAUAAACAAGCAAAUAUUAUAAAAAAUGAAGAUGCUAAAUCAAAUAUUCAAGAAAUUCAUAUUGAGGAAAUUAAGAAAAAAGAAAAAAUUUUAUAUAUUCCUCAAAUAUUCAAUGAAAAAGAUUAUUUAAAAAGAAUAUCAUCUACUCAUUUUGAUGAAUAUAAAAGUGUCGAAACGCUUAUGUUAUCACUUAAUUCUAUGAAAAAUAUAAAAACACAUGUUGUAGUAUCAGGGUUGCUAUAUGGUAAUGGAGAAAAUGUUUUUUUCUCUAUAUUCAAAAAUGCUUGGUUAAGUAAAGACAAUCAUAUUAUUGACAAAGGAGAUAAUUAUAUUCCUGUCAUACAUAUUAGAGGUUUAUGUGAAUAUAUUAAACAAUUAUAUAUUAGUGAAUCCAAAAAAAAGUAUCUUAUAGCUGUUGAUAAUCAAUAUAUUACUCAAAAAGAGAUUAUUCAUACUAUAGCUAGCCAUAUUUCAGGGAACAUGAAUUUUAUGCAUGUGUCACCUCAUGAAUCCAUUUUUUAUGAACAUUCAGAGAAAUUAUGUGUUAACUUGAGAUUUCAGUGUACUAACAUUUAUGAUGAUAACCAAGUGGAUGAACAAGAAAAAAAGAAAAAGUUAAAUAAAAAGAACAAAAAUAAAAAUAAAAAUGAUGAGGGGGAUAUAAGUGAUCAUCAUAAAGAAGAUAAUCAUAGCGAGACGGACAAUAAUGAUUCUGAGAAGAAAGAAAGCAACACCGAAGAUGAUAAUAUUGACAGUGAACAAAAUAGUAGUAUUAAUAUGAAUAAUAGUAAUGAUGAUAGCCAAAAUAGUAGUAAUAGUGAGAGUAACAAUAAUGAUGAUAACGAUUCAAAUAAUAGUAAUGAGAAAAAAAAAGGAAAAAAGGAAAAUAAUAAUCUCAAAGAAAAGAAAAACAAAAGUAAAAAUAAAAAUAAAAAGAAAAAUCUUAUUACAUUUCAUUGCCAAGACGGAUUCAUUAAUAACAUCUCCAUUAUAGCAAAGGAAUUUUGCGAAUUUCGAAAUUUGAAAAAUUUAAAAGUUCUUAUUAUAGGGCAACCAGGUGUCGGAAAAACAUUUAUAGCUAAAAAAAUAUGUGAUCAUUAUAAUUUAAUUAUGUGUUCUAUUAAUAUGUUAAUUGAUGAAUAUAAAAAGAAAACAGAUUAUACAUUUCCCAAAUAUUAUCAAGAAUAUAUAAAUGAAUUAGAUAAUGAAAAAAAGAAAAAUGUACCCCCAAAAAAGUUAACUUUAUCAGAUCUUUGUUCAUUAUUUUAUUCAAAAUUGGAAAAUAACGAGUGUAAAUUUAGGGGAUUUGUUUUGGACUUUUUCCCAAGGAAUUAUGAGGAAGCGAAAUAUUUUUUCGACAACUACAAAAUGGACGUGCCUGAAAAGGAGAAGGAGAUGAAAAAUGGUAAAAGGGAUGAAGACGACACGAAUCGAAAAGGAAAUAAUAAAAGUAAAAAAAAGAUAAAGAAAAAGAAGAAUGAGAGGAAUGAUAAAGAGGAAGAUGAUAAUGAUAAAGAUGAAGAUGACAAUGAUAAGGAUGAAGAUGAUAAUGAUAAGGAGGAAGAUGAAAAUGAUAAGGAUGAAGAUGAUAAUGAUAAGGAGGAAGAUGAAAAUGAUAAGGAUGAAGAUAAUGAAGAUAAUGAAAAUGAUAAGGAUGAAGAUGAUAAGGAUGAAGAUGAUAAGGAUGAAGAUGAUAAGGAUGAAGAUGAUAAGGAUGAAGAUGAUAAGGAUGAAGAUGAUAAGGAUGAAGAUGAUAAGGAUGAAGAUGAUGAAGAUGAUAAUGAUAAGGACGAAGACGAUAAUGAUAAAGAGGAAGAUGAUAACGAUAACGAUAACGAUAUCGAAGAAAAUGACAAUACUGAAGAUAGUGAUUAUAGAGAAGAUAAUGAUGAUGAAAAAAUCUCAGGAAAUUCAGAAAAUACAAAUAUGAUGACACAUAGCGAUGAAGAAUCACAAAGUGUUAAACAAAUGUCAAAUAAAAAAAAGAAGAAAAAGAAAAAAAAAAAAAUUCUGGAAAAUAUAAAUAAAUAUAUUAUUAUGCCCGAAUUUGUUAUUAUUUUAAAAUCUACCGAAGAAUUAUGUAAAAAGAGAAUGAUGAAUUUGCCAGAAAAUGAAAUAAUAAAAGGACAUAAUGAUGAAAUGGGUUUCGAAAGAAGACAUAAAAAAUAUAUUAAUGAAAAUUGUAGAAAUGAUUAUUUUGAAUUUGAUCAGAAACAAAGUAUUGAAGAUUAUUUUAUAGAACAUGAUAUUGAAGUAUAUACACUUAAUAUAAAUGAAAAUACCUUAUUAGAACACAUAUUAACAAAUAUUUAUAUAUUUAUUGAAAAAAAUGUCAAAUUUAAUAAUUUCUUACCAUCCACAGAUGAAAUGUUAAAAAACAAAUUGCAAGAAGAACAACAAAUAUUAAUGGAUGAAAAACAAAAAAUUAAAGAUAUAGAAGAUAAGGUAGUUCUAGAAGAAAUUAAACAAAAUGAUGAUUUAAUAAAAGCUGAGAAAAAAAGACAACAAUUAUUAAUUAAACAUCAACAACAAUAUAUUCAUAAUCAAUCUGUACCUUUAAGAUUUUAUUUAAUCAAAAAUAUUUUACCAAUAUUAACAGAUGCUUUAAUAUAUAUAUGUAAAACUAAGCCAAAAAAUCCAUGUUUGCAUAUAGCACAAUAUUUAUUAGAAAAUGCUCACAAGUAUAAUAUCGAGGAGCCUAACCUUGAAAACUUGCAGCCUGAAAAGGAAGACGAGGAUAACCAACUAGGUGAAAAACCAAAGGAUGAAAAAUGA